AUGGAAAAGCUCUACCCUUUACCACGAACCGGGAUUUCAUUCUUGGAGAUCUUGAAAGACCCAUUUUCGCAAAAGAUAUUCGGAUAUGAAGCUGCAUUAGAAGACCGUCUACUCUUUACGACUGGAUUUGCUGCACGGCUUGCAUUUCUCAUUCGCAAUCCUGCAAACCACUUGUCGCUCUUGAAACUUGGCUACACCUCUCUGGAAGCUUUUCUACAGUCAAAUGUCACUGGCCCACCAUUGGAUUUUGAACCGAAAGAUGUUGUCUUUCCCCAGAAUUAUCAAAGCUCGGUGGCCGAUCUCAGGAAGCAGAUGUUUGCAAGCCUCAGUGUCGAGGGAGAGGCUGUCUAUCCUCUCAUUCCGGAUAUCGAGCUUUUCUGGGUGGGUAAGACCAUCGUGAGCAACGAUGAACUAUGUGAAGGGUUCAAUGGCCACCGUGCCCGUAUGAGAAUUAAUUUCUGGCAUCAGAAGCUCCUUUCUGGACCGAGCGACUCUCUUCGAGAUCAGAUUUAUAAUGACGCAGAGGUGCUUGAGGGACAACUUAGAUCGCGACUGAUGUUUCAUGGCGCUUCGGCAGAGUAUCACUUCGUUGAAUUCCUUGUCGAGAAAGCCGUCAUUGACAUCUACUACGGGAAUGAUGUCAAAGCCAGGACACAUCUUGCUAAAGCCGCCAAACUCAGGGGAUUCGAUUUUGCUCUGACUGGCGCUUUGGGGAAGAGGACUAAGUUCCAAGAUCGAGACAUCAGCCAACUCGUGGUCCUCGCGAAAAGCAGGGCAGAAGAAGUGGAAGAGUCGUCUCCGAGGAAAGGAAGUCGGAAGGAUCCUCCGACUCCAUCUGCCCCAGCCGAUAUUGCCCAACCUAGUCCUCGACAAGGAAGCAGUGAAACAAUCCCGGCUUCUCAAGUUAACGACCAGAGGCGUCCAGGAUCGCCCAUCGUUCCAUCGUUCAAGAAGCCAGAGAACAUCCCUCUGGAUGACGACACAUUGCUCGAAUCGAUACAUUUCGUCCCACCAAAGCUCUUACCAGAAGUCAUCUCGGAUAAUACAUCUUUACUUCCUUCACUAGCUGAGCUCGAUCCAGCCGCACAGCCAUUACUGUCUCCAUUCGAUUCCAUCAUUCUCCUUCAGAUCGCGUCAUCCAUCUCCAAUACCUCACCAUCCGAUGGCUUGACACGAGAAGAGACACUUCCAUAUGCGACCCGUGUGCUAGAAGGUGGCUCUUCAAAUUGGCAGGUCUAUACACAAGCCCUCCUCGUUCGCAGCCGAAUCGAGGGCUACCGUUCUCGAACCGCUGAGCGCGGGCUUCUCCAACUACAAGCGUUAGUCGACCAAGUCAUUGUCGAAACGAAAGCGACCAAAUCAUCCAACUCAGCUGUGGGCGAAGCUGGCCUUGACGAGCCUGGGACCCAGUCUCCAUUGCCUACCUUGCAGGAGAGGCCACAAUUCCGGUCCCAAUCAUCCUCUACUUCAGAACCAACCUCCUUCCUUCCAGCGGCCAGACCUUCGGAGACGGCUUCUGUAGCGGAGCGCCUGAAGUAUAUUUAUCAGCUUCAUCCACCCCUACGGUGGGAACUGGAAGCCGAGCUCGCUGCUCGCUGGGUCAGUAUGGGUGGGCUGAAGACGGCCUUGGAGAUUUAUGAAAGACUGCAGAUGCACGCCGAGGUUGCACUAUGCCUCGCAGCCACCAACAACGAAGCAAAAGCAAUUCAAGUGAUACGGAAACUGCUCUUCCAGCCGACGUCUGAAGAGGAAGGAGACGACCAAAACUUUACUGGUGCAGAAAGAGAUAUACUCCCACCAGACGCACCUCGCCUCUUCUGCAUCCUUGGUGAUCUAGAAAACUCCCCACAUCACUACGAGCGUGCAUGGACCGUAUCGAAGGGGCGCUACUCCCGUGCCCAACGCUCUCUAGGCCGGUACCAUGUUCGCAAGAAGAACUACCCGGCGGCAGCAGAGGCCUACGCUAAAUCCCUCGAAGUCAGCCGUCUCAAUGCCAGCACCUGGUUCGCACUCGGGUGCGUGCAACUCGAACUCGAAGAUUUCCAAGGCGCUGUCGAGAGCUUUACUCGCACCGUCCAGCUCGAAGCAGAUGAUGCGGAAGCGUGGAGCAAUCUCGCAGCAGCGCUGCUUCGUCUACCAGAAGCCGAAGCCGAAGCCGAAGCCGAAGCAAAAACCGAAGAGACACAAAAAGAAGACGCGACUCUGCCCUCCUCAGCCUCGGACACAACAACAAACAAAGACGAACCCACCAGCCCAGCACAAACCCUAUCAACCAAAGACACAGGCCGAGCACCUCACCCCAACAAAUUCCGCCACGACGCCCUCCACGCCCUCCGCCGCGCCGCUACCCUCAAACACUCCUCCCCCCGCAUCUGGGACAACUACCUCACAGUCGCGGCCUCCAUCCCCCCACCGGCCACGCCCUGGAACGAGAUCAUCCUGGCGCAAAAGCGCCUAAUCGAGCUGCGCGGAAAAACCAUCGGCGAAAGAGCCGUAGACGAGAAGAUCCUGAGCGCGCUGGUCAGCAGCACAAGAAUGACGCCGCGCCUGUGCCGGUGUCGGGGGCAGAAGGGCAGCAAGACGACCCCUCCUCCUCCUCAUUAG